AUUGAAUCAAUGCAACAUUUGAACUGCCGCUGUGAAUUUUACUUCUCUUCCUAGAUCUCCCUUUCGCAUACACCUACUCGCUUGAUAUAUCACCAUUUAUCCAUGCUACCUUGGUCGUUCCUUGGUUUCCGUGAUUCUUAACAAUGCCGCCGCCUUCGCUCCUGCAGCUAUGUACAGCGACUGCUGUGAAAAAUGUGAAAUUUUUGAAUGAUAUUGGAAACGUUCCAUAUGCGCUUGCUCGCCCUUUUCUUACGAAAAUCGAAAGUCCUGAGAAACUAAGAACAUUAGAAUUGCAGUCCCCUCAUAUCAUAGACGAAGAUAAAGAACUCUGGCUUGAAUUCAUCAAACGAGAUAUACCUAGAUGGGAAGAGUAUGAUAUACCGGAACAAUCCGACUGCUGGUAUGACUUAUAUUGCGAUCUCCGAGAACGUGUGCAGAGGGAAGUGGAUGAAGAUGCAGAGAGGCUAAAGCUGGCCUUGGACGGGAUCAGUUCGGAACGCGCCAAAAAUAGUGCUAGAUUUGUCCCUGACCGACGCGAUAUUCGCCUACCCCGAGAAAGACCGACAGCGAAGCAACGGUAUGCUUCGUAUGACCGGAAAAUGGGCGGUAUAAAACCUAUGUAUACUUCUACAAGAAAUUCUUUCGGCUCGUCAGAUUCACAGGGAUCUCUCUGGUCCUUUGACCGGCCACCACUCCCACGACCGGAAGCCAAGAAGAAAAGCAGUAUAUUUACUGCUACGAGACGGAACAAUGCUCUGACCGUGCCAACACAACACUUGAAUAACAGAGCUUCACAGGUCAAGCAAGCCCCUCGUUCCUUAAUCGAGGAGCAUAGACGGCCGACAGAACCUGUGACCCCCCGGCGGACUGAUCCUCCUUCAUUGAGAGCACCCGGGCGGUCAAGGCUCCAGAGUAUACCAGAUCGGAGGAACCAGAGCCCUAUGGUAUUUACGUCAUUACGAGAAAGAGAAGCAAGACUACGGGCUAUCACUUCAGGGCAAGGACCUGUCUCUAGUGCCCAUACUUCCUCUGCUUCCUCGCAGGUACCUAAUGCUGCAAGCUCGCGGUCGAGAAAUACUCAAAUGUCCCCUACUUCAAAUAGGUAUACUGGGCUUUCAUCCGCAGAAGCUAGUACCCAGGCACGUUCACAGGCAAUGGAAAGUCAUCGAUCUGCUAGAACAGGCCUCAAUACUGCUACCGACGAGUCCAGAGGAUCACCGGCACAGGUUCCUCGUCCUGCGAUCGUACGAAAGAGACCUGCCAGUGUUUUCAUGCAACCUAAGAGGAGAAAGGUCAAUUAACAUCGUACCCGAUUCUCUGGCGCUGGUUAACUCCGUUCCUAUGGUGACGAUAGCUCGGUUACUAAAGCAUAGCUCUAUAGAUUUAGCAUUUGUCUAUAGGCUUUCCUUUUGCUCUCUUACCCC